CCUCUCUGUCUUCCUCUUCCUCCCCACUGGCCGUGCGUCCCCGCCGUGCGUAACGGGAGUGCGGCGCGUAACCGGACAUGAGAAAGCUUUCUCUCCAUUUUGAUUUGAGUUGGGAUUCGAAGUAAGGACCGCUAGUGGCGCGACGCUCCCUGUACUCGCUUUAUAAUCGGAUUGCGAGGCCUCCCCCCACCCCCUACGCCAGCUGCACGUCAGCGCUGACAUGACCAGCGAGACCCCACAGCAGCAGCUGGAUCCUCCGCCUCCUUUGCGAUCUAGUCCGGCGUCCGGCGUCCUGCAUCCCACCAUGCUGAGCCCACAAGCCGCCUCGGAAAGCUCGUCCGCUGUCGUCAAAGGGAAGAAGAGCAGCUCCGGUUUAAGGCGGCCGGAAAAACCUCCGUAUUCCUACAUCGCCCUCAUCGUCAUGGCGAUCCAAAGCUCCCCGACCAAACGACUGACACUCAGCGAAAUAUAUCAGUUUCUCCAGGCCCGCUUCCCGUUCUUCAGGGGCUCCUAUCAGGGAUGGAAAAAUUCAGUCCGGCACAACCUUUCGCUCAACGAGUGCUUCAUUAAGCUGCCCAAGGGACUGGGCAGACCGGGCAAAGGCCACUACUGGACCAUCGAUCCUGGCAGCGAGUUUAUGUUCGAGGAGGGCUCGUUCCGUCGUCGACCCAGAGGCUUCAGAAGGAAGUGUCAAGCACUGAAACCCAUGUACAGGAUGAUGAACGGCAUCGGAUUCGGCGCGUCCAUUCUGCCGCAGAGUUUUGACUUCCAGGCUCCCUCCGCGGCGCUCGCCUGUCACGGCAACGGCUACAACUUGGAUCUGAUGAGCAAUUCGAUGGCCGGAGGCUACGACGGACUGGGCGGUGGCCAUCACGUACCCCACAUGUCUCCGAGCCCGGGAUCCACGUACAUGGCGAGUUGCCCGGUGCCGUCCAACGGGGAAUACGGGCCGGACAGCAGCAGCAGUCCAGUACCGUCCUCUCCGGUCACGGGGAGCGCCUUGGACGGCCACUCCCCGUACGCGAGUACGUCCGCACACUGGGCCGCGUCGGGCGGGUCCCCCUACAUCAAACAGCAGCCUUUAACCUGCAGCAGCCCCGCGUCAUCGUCGCUGCACUCCGGCAUGUCACCUUACUCCCUGGAGCAGACCUACAGUCACCAAAACGGCAGGGAGAGCCACCAUAGCGACGUAUCAGUGGGGAUUCCACGUUAUCAGAGCCACUGCGACAGGAAAGAUUUUGUGUUCAACUUUAACGGCAUCUCGUCCUUCCACCCCACGGCUGCCGGCUCCUACUAUCACCAUCAUCACCAUCACCAUCAUCCUCAGAGCGUGUGUCAGGACAUCAAACCGUGUGUCAUGUGAGCGCUUCUGUCAUUCUGGACCUCGAAAGACGGACCCGGUAAAACUGCACGUCCGCCAUGUAACAAAGGACUAUUUUUGUUUGGGAUCUGUUGGUGAAUUAUUACUAAUGUAUCACGUGAUGGCUAUAUUCACAUGUUGCCUCUGAUGCAUGGAAGGAAAAAUGAAUGAAGAAACCUUCCUGGCCUUUAAAAAAUAACAUUAAAAAAAAAAACACUUCGUCUAAAUGAACAACGGCAAGCGCUUCUUUGUGAACAAAUUAUGUUCUAUGUAACUAUGUUUUAUCAUACACACGAUGCUGUAUUAUAAACGGCUACAAACAUUGCACUUAAUUGUAUUACCAUUAACCAAAGUUGUCUCGUGUAAGAAGUUUCAAUAAAGCUGUUACAUUGUA